GCCAAAAAAGCAUGUGAAUGGCUUCGGGCAACAGGAUUCCCUCAGUAUGCUCAGCUUUUUGAAGAAGGUGUGUUCCCCCUGGAUAUUGGCUCUGUGAAGAAGGACUACAGUUUUCUGGACCAGGACUCUCUGGGGGCCCUGUGCAGGAGGCUGAUGACCUUGAACAAUUGUGCUUCGAUGAAGCUUGAGGUUCAUUUUCAAUGCAAACAGGAUGAAGACUCAGAAGAGGAAGAGCAAUGCACCAUCAGCAGCCACUGGGCCUUUGAGCAGGAAAGCAAGUGUGGGUCCCCCAUGGGCUCUUCUGGCCUGCUGGCCCCACCAACUUCUAGCCUCCUGGGGACCUCAAGCUGUGAAAGUGUCCUCACUGAGAUUAGUGCUGCCUCCUUGCCAGCCAUCUCUGUGAGCCGUUCACCAGAGUCAGCAGACCUGUCCUUGAUAGAUCGUGUCCCCAGCCCAAGUAACCGGUCCUUCCUUCGUCCCAGCCAGGGCCAGGAGGGCUCUCAAGACAAAGUAAAGAAGCAUUAUUCCCGAAGCUUCCUCAAGCACCUCGAAUCUCUGCGGAAGAAGGAAAAGGGUGACAGUCAGCAAACAGAGCCUGAGAAACGCCUGACCACCUCAGAAAAGGCCACCAAAGCGUCAUCUUUCCGCAGUUGCCGUGGCUUCCUCUCAGCUGGAUUUUACAGGGCCAAGAACAGGGCCACCACUUCAUCCAGGGGUAGAGAUGGUGAGACACAGAAGGCCUGGGAGGCCUGGCCUAUAGCCACACUCCGGCAUCCCCAGCCUGUUCGCCGGCGUGACUACCUGGUACAUGUGCCUGGGGACCAUAAGCCAGGCACAUUCCCUCGUUCUCUGUCCAUUGAAAGUCUUUGUCCAGAUGAUGAACAUCACCUGGCAGAUUGGCAGCCAGGUAGGUGCUGGGGCUAUGAAGGACGCCGGGGCUCCUGUGGGUCCACGGGCAGCCAUGCCAGCACUUACGACAACUUGCCUGAGCUGUACCCAGCUGAGCCUAUACAGGCUGAGGCUGAGGCUGAGGCUGAGGCUGAGGCUGAAGAUGAGGAGGGUGAAUGCAGCUAUGCCCAUCUAGAUGACAUCCUGGAGCACGUGUGGGGUCUGCAGCAACGGGUAGAGCUCUGGUCUCAGACCAUGUACCCAGAGCUGAGGCCUGCAGAUAAGGAUGAGGAAGAAGAGGAGGAGGAGGAAGAGGAAGCUAGUUCAUCAGUUGAAAUAGCCACAGCUGAGGUGGAAGGCCAAGAUGAAGAUCUAGGCCAGGCGGAGUCUCAAGCCCACAAAGAGUUCCCACCUCAAGCCAAGGAUGAAGUCCCACUUAUAACCCUGGCUCAGACCCCAACUGUGGUCAAACAAUUGGUCCAGGCUGAGACUGAGGCUAAGGCUCCGGCUCCAGCCCAGGCACAGGAUCAUGAACAAGAAGCAAACUCAGCUACAGAGCCUACUUCUGUCUCCAGUCUGUCUGUGGAAGAAGGACAGUCCAUUUCUGACACCGCGGUUUCCUCCAGUGAACUUGACAGUAGUGGCAACUCCAUGAAUGAGGCCGAAGGUGCAGAAGCCCUGGUAGGACUCCAGGCAUCAGUGCCCCGUGAACGGCGUGAUUCAGGUGUUGGGGCCUCACUUACCAGACCUUGCAGGAAACUCCGUUGGCACAGCUUCCAGAACUCCCACCGACCUAGCCUCAACUCAGAGUCACUGGAAAUCAAUCGGCAGUUUGCGGGCCAGAUCAACCUACUUCACAAGGGCUCGCUGCUGCGGCUCACUGGCUUCAUGGAGAAGUACACUGUGCCCCACAAACAGGCCUGGGUAUGGUCAAUGCCCAAGUUCAUGAAAAGGAAUAAGACCCCAGACUACCGGGGGCAUCAUGUGUUUGGAGUGCCACCCCUGAUCCAUGUGCAGCGAACAGGCCAGCCUCUGCCCCAGAGUAUUCAGCAGGCCAUGCGCUACCUACGAAGCCAGUGCCUAGACCAGGUGGGCAUCUUCCGCAAGUCUGGGGUCAAGUCCAGGAUCCAGAGCCUGCGCCAAAUGAAUGAGACCUCCCCUGACAACGUCUGCUAUGAGGGCCAGUCGGCCUAUGAUGUGGCUGACCUACUGAAGCAGUAUUUCCGGGACCUGCCUGAGCCCAUUUUCACUAGCAAGCUCACCACCACUUUCCUGCAAAUCUACCAGCUCCUCCCCAAAGAACAGUGGUUGGCAGCCGCACAAGCUGCCACCUUGCUGCUCCCUGAUGAGAACCGAGAAGUGCUACAGACCCUGCUCUACUUCCUAAGUGACAUAGCCUCUGCCGAAGAAAACCAGAUGACAGCUGGCAACCUGGCAGUGUGCCUGGCACCCUCCAUCUUCCACCUCAAUGUCUCCAAGAAGGACAGCCCUUCUCCCAGGAUCAAAAGCAAACGCAGCCUCGUUGGUCGGCCAGGCCCUAGGGACUUGAGUGAGAACAUGGCUGCCACCCAAGGCCUAUCACACAUGAUCAGUGACUGCAAGAAACUUUUCCAGGUGCCCCAGGAUAUGGUGGUGCAACUGUGUGGUUCGUACAGUGCAGCUGAACUCAGCCCUCCUGGACCUGCCCUGGCUGAGCUGAGACAGGCACAGGCGGCUGGCGUGAGUCUGAGCCUCUAUAUGGAGGAGAGUGUGCAGGAACUGCUUCGGGAUGCUGCAGAACGCUUCAAGGGCUGGACCAAUGUGCCGGGGCCCCAGCAUACAGAGCUGGCUUGUAGGAAG